UGUUGAAAGGCAUAGCAAACACUUGAAUGCAAUCAAUGAUUGAAUGACUGAACCAUUGAUUGAGUGAACAAUUGAUUGAAUGACAAGAAGUACUGUUUGGACGCAAUCGGCAACACAUCGACCGCAGGACAUGUGGUGACCAGUUGUGGCCGAAAUGGUGGUCACAUAUAGUGAUGCCAUAUUGCGGACAUUUGUGGCCCAAAUAUGUCGCGACAUGGGUUGGCACGCAUCACAUGAAACACCGCUAGAAGUGCUAACACAGAUCACCGCUCAAUAUGUGCGACAACUGUCCAAACAAUGUGUCCGCUUUGCCAACCAUUGCGGUCGACAAAAGCCAAUCUUUGAUGACAUGCAAUUGGCGUUCAAUCACUUCAACAUUGAUCUCAAUGAACUCAAGGAUUACAUUAAGUGUGUUGAGUCGCAACCUCUUGACAUACUUGUCCCGAAGUAUCCUAUCAAGAAUGUGGCCAAUCGGGUCAUCACUAAUACAGGAGAAUCAGAGGAUAGACCCGAAUGGUAUAAUGAAUGGAUGCCUCCGUUGCGAGAAUCGAGACAACCGGAAGGUACUGAUGACAGAGGUGAGCAAAAUCGUGCAAAUGAUGAGACAUUACAAGAUAGUCUGUUGUCGCCGUCAUCGACCUCACAAAUGGCCGGUGAUGUGGGCUCCACAUCACCGCUCAGAAGUACUGUCGACACAUUCAGUUUCCUUCGAGAUCUACAUUCAUCUAUUACUCAAAGAGAAGGCCGACUACCAGAUACUCAACGAAUUAUCGAAUCAGAAGAAAGUCGAGAAAAUUCACCCGAAAAAGAAAUCAAAGUCGAAGACAAACCAAAAUUGGAAGAAAAAGAGAUAAAAGACAAGAAAAAAGAGAAGGACAAGAAAAAGAAGGAUAAGAUGUUGUUUAAGGGAUUGAAGGAUAAGUCUUUGAAAUUUAAACACAAAAAACUGACGAUUAAACCAAUUAAAGGCAAAAAAGAAGUCAAAACUUUGAAGGAUCGCAUAAAGAUUAAAGAUUUGCCUCAACAGCGAUCAUAUUCUCCACUUUCUAUUAAAGUGGUCGGACUAUCAACCGGAACACCGACGGCAACAUCAACUCCGACAAUGGCUCGAUCUCCGGCCAGCAUUACCUCACCAAACGAUACGCUUAAGAGUACAAAUACAUCAUUAGAUUCUUGUAUUGAAGCCGUCAUCGAUCGUAUUUGUUGUUCCAAUGAUAAUGAAGUAAAUAUUAAAGACAAAGAAGAAGAAGAAAUUCCUAAAAGGAAAUACAAGAUUAAGAAAGAAGACUCUAUAGAAAAGUCAUAUAAGAAGAACAAGAAGGAUAAUGCUUCUAAUGAUAAGAUGAUGAACGAUAUCUUUGAUGAAGUAGUUCGUCAAUCGGAAUCAGCUCUUAUGUCUCCAAAUAAGCGCUCACCAUAUCAUACGAUGAGUCCUAAAGUGAAAACAGAAGCAAUAAGUUCUCCGAUUCAAAGUAAACAUAAUGUCCAUAAUUUUGACGACGACGAGGCGGCCAAGACUUUAGUACUAAUGGCCGGCGAAAAGACAGUCUCGAAACGCAAGAAAAACAAAGCAUCGAUUUCAGUGGUCACUUCUGCUGCCACCGCUUGUUCGUCGCCGUCGAACGAUAGCAAUUCAUCAGCAUUUCAAUCAGCAAUGAGCGCAUUCCCAAAAGUAUCACCCGGUUCAUCACCAUUAUCACCUAACAUGUUAUCUACUAAUCAGAAUCCAUUUAUACCCACCCGACAACUCUUUGCACGCGGCGAUCACUCAUCACCUCCAUUGUUGACACCAGCUGUGUCUCAAUCAAUGUCUACAGAGUCUUCAUACGGACCGCCGCCUGUGUUGACUAAACCGAAAACUUUGGCUGAAAAGAAGGCAUUACCUCCAGAAAUAGAGAACGCGCCGUUGAUUAAGAAAGAGAAAGACAAAGAAAACAAAACAGAAAAAAAAGAAAAAGAAAAGAAUAAAAAGGAAGACAAGAAGUCAUUGAAACAAAAGAAUAAAAAGUUUAAAUCAAAAGCUCAUAUAAGCGAUGACUCGUCUUCUGAAGAAGAAACCAAACCCAAGAUUAACAUUAAAUUGGGUUCAAAAGCAUCGGUUCCAAAGGCGCCGAAUGAUAAACUGGCAAUUAAAACAACAGUCGAAAGUAAGGCACCGAUCAAAACAUUACUGUCACCCAAACAUAAUGUACAAAAUCCAGAAGAAGUACCACAGAAGAAAAAAGAGGACCAAAAAAGGACAAAAGAUGAUAUAAAACCAGAAAUAAAGACAAAAGAAGAAUCUUGUAUUCUUAUUCGUGAGACAAUCACUGUUAAGACAGAAGGCGACAGUGGAAAAGUGUGGAUAUGUCCCUCUUGUAAACUACCCGAUGAUGGCAGUCCUAUGAUUGGUUGCGAUACAUGCGAUGAUUGGUAUCACUACGCGUGUGUUGGCAUUAAGGUGGCGCCCGAAAAGGACGAAAGUUGGUUCUGUGAAAAAUGUGUCAAAAAACAGCAACAAAUUGAAUCAAAGUUCAUAAAGAAAAAAGAGCCGCCACCGACAUCAGURACACCACCGAAAAAAGAGCCAAAACCAUCAAACAAACCGCCAGCUAUGAGACCUAGAGGUAGACCUCGUAAAGACUCGACCACUGCUUUUGUGGCCCAGAAAAUAGAAAAACUUCAGACUUCUGAUGAAGAAUUAAUUAAUACAUCUAAAGGCAAACACAAACCAAAGGAGCAAAAGAACACUAAAGUACACGAGGAAGAGGAAGAAGGAGAAUAUAUUUGUCCUCAAUGUGAUAAACCAGAUGACGGAACACCUAUGAUUGGUUGUGACAAAUGUGAUAAAUGGUAUCACUGGCAAUGUGUCGGUAUUUUAACCGAACCCAAAGCUGAUUCCAAUUGGAUGUGUCCGCGAUGUAAGAAAAAGAAACAAAUAGUAAGCGCUCCGCCAAAACCACUGGUCGUUCCAAAAUCGAUAUCUACGUCACCAAUCAUUGCACUGACCAAAUACGGGGCGAGUGGUAGUUCACAGUCGUCUCAAUGGCAAUGUCCAGAAUGCAAGCUAUCGGUGGACAACACAAAGCCAUCCAUUUGUUGUGAUGACUGUGACUGUUGGUAUCACUGGAGUUGUGUGGGUAUUACUCAGGCGCCCCGGGAGGAGGAGUCGUGGUUUUGUAAGGCCUGUUACGAUAAACAAGCCAUCAUUGCUUACAAAUACGCUAAAGUCCGCAGAAUUUAAUCGAAUGGCUGGUCAUUGGUUUUGUUAUAUAAAUUAUUUAUCAAUUGUCGCACAAAUGGUUGCAAUAAAUGGCGAACACUGUUCUUCACGUCGUUAUWAUACAAUUGUUUAUAUUAUAAAUUCAUUUUAACUCAUUUUAUAUUAUAAUUGCAUUCAUUUUAUA